GACGCAUCGGUGCCAAAGUGCGCUGUGAUUGGUCGUUUCAAGCCUCGCGGGCUACUUGAACUGAGAGAAAGCGACUUUACUAUAAGUUCCGCUAUAUGUUCCUGCAGAUGGACUGAUGCUGGCUGCCUUGUCUGCAGGAGUUCCUAGUAUCGUUGCCAUCUCAACUGCUUAGUUUUGAUUGGGCGAUUCUUAAAUCUUUCAAGACAAGGUAGCACAUUUAUCUCACGCUCAGUCUCAAGCUUUGUGAACUAGCUUAAAUAGACUUUUGAACUAAGUGAGCGCACUAGUUUUAGCUUAGCAGGAAUCGUCUAAACUCCUGCAGCACAGCAACAAUGUCUGUAGCUAACCGGGGACAGGGAAGCGCGGCGGCUGACUUUCACAACCAAGAGAACAUGCUCUCACGACUGCGGGGCAAAGCUGCUCCUGCAGAGGACCAGGAGAACAUCCCGCCCAAACCAGCCAACAGAACCGUCCUGGGAGCCCUCCAGAACAACCAGAGGACAAAGACCAACAACCAGCGCGGCAUAAAACAGGAGCACUUGUCUUGUAAAAAUGAGGACUUCAGCAAAAGCUGCUUUGAGAGGUCCUCAAAACAGCCUGCUUUCCAGGUUCAUGUGGAUGAACCUGAUGGUACCUGUACCAAGAAGUCAUUGGCAGCAGCUGAGACUCUAAAAGCCAAGUCAGUAGCUGAGGACUCCCCUCUAGUAAUCAACAAUGCAGUGGCACAACUCCGGCAGCCACUGGCUACCAUUGACUUUCCAGCUGCAAUGGAUGUCAGCCUUCUUGACUCUCCCAUGGACAUGUCUGUUAUUGAGGGUGAGGAGAAGACUGUGAAUGCAAAUGAAGUCCCAGAGUAUGCUGCUGAAAUCCACACGUAUCUUCGGGAAAUGGAGGUAAAAACCAGGCCAAAAGCUGGCUACAUGAAGAAGCAGCCUGACAUCACCAAUAGCAUGAGGUCCAUCUUGGUAGACUGGCUUGUUGAAGUUGGAGAGGAGUACAAACUUCAGAAUGAAACGCUAUACCUUGCUGUAAAUUACAUCGACCGCUUCCUGUCCUCAAUGUCUGUGCUGAGGGGAAAGCUUCAGCUUGUUGGAACUGCUGCCAUGUUGCUGGCCUCAAAAUUUGAAGAAAUCUACCCUCCAGAGGUGGCAGAGUUUGUUUACAUCACAGAUGACACCUACACCAGGAAGCAAGUGUUGAGAAUGGAACAUCUGGUGCUGAAGGUGCUCUCGUUUGACCUGGCUGCCCCAACAAUUAACCAGUUCCUCACCCAAUACAUUCUCAACCAGUCAGUCAGCAAACAAGUGGAGAGUUUGGCAAUGUACCUCAGUGAACUCAGCCUAAUAGAUUCAGAGCCUUGUCUGAAGUACCUACCAUCACAAACUGCUGCUGCAGCUUACAUUCUGGCAAACCACACAGUGACUGGAGGCUCCUGGCCAAAGUCAUUGACGGACAUGAGUGGCUACAGUCUAGAAGAUCUGAUGCCAUGUGUUGAGGAUCUCCACAAAAUCUACCUCAAUGCUCCUCAGCACGCACAGCAGUCUAUAAGGGAAAAGUACAAGACUCAGAAGUACCAUGAAGUUUCCCUCGUCGACGCUCCAGCUAAAUUGCUCCUGAAGUGAUUUAACCCUUGUCCCCUUGUAGAUUCCCCCCCCCCAUAUUUUUUUAAUGACUGCUACGUUUUCCAUGACAAAGACCUGCUCUUUUUGGAGUCGGGCAUAAUUUUGGAGAGUUUUUAAAUAUUUUUAUAUAUUGAUGCUAAAUCCCAGUCUUGUUAAAUGUUAAUCAAGCUGUUUUACUGGUAUCAGACAACUGGAUAUAUGCCAAAUUUUUGCUGCAGCCACACAAUGGACUUUUGCCGUUCUCCCUGAAUGGUUGAGUUCGAAGCAGUUGUUGCAGAUUAAAGCUUUGGUGUUUCAUCCAACAGGCCGCAUUAAAUGCAAUUAAACUUCAUUGUCUGCCCAAGUAAUCUGUGUCAUCCCAUUCAUGUCUUCCCCAAGACACUACUGCACUGUAAAAAUGGCUCUUGUAAAUAAAUUUCAUUUAAUA